CUUCCUCCACCGCCGAUAACGGAGCAUUAAUCGGGUUUUGUGCGGUGCGGCCAGUUUCCGGGGCUUAUUCCAAGUGAUUGGCCUCGAUCCCGUGCUGGUGCCAUGUCGGAAACGGUAGCGCGAAGGGUGCUCGGCGAGCUGGUAAAAACAUCUGGCAAUCACUCCGUGGAACAAAUUACCACAAUCUUCUACAAUCGUGACGGCAAGUAUAGCAGCAAGCAACUCUCGGACCAUUUGGCGCUGCUACUAAAAGCCGUUCCGAACGGCAACAGAUACGUGGAACUGUUUGUUAAAUCCAAUUUGAAUGACACCUAUGCGACACUCGUUCUGGUGCUGAAUCGCCUCGCGAAGGAUCUUAAAGAUCACAAAAAGACUCCCGUGUUGCCACAGCAACAGAAGGUGACACAGAAACAAACGCAACCGCAACCGCUGCAACCACCGAGUGCUGGAAACCCCGUGGAACCAGUCCAAAAGCGUGUCUCAGUAUUCGAAAGUCCACCGCUCUCGUCAACGCGCAUCAUCACCGAGCAAGUGACGCCGGAAAAUGUCCAAGAAAUCAAAGAGAAGCUCGUCCAGGCCACCUCCGGUGGUGGCGUCAGUCGACUCUCCUCGGCCAACGUGUCGCUCGGACUCAAUCACCAGCCACUGCGGCAGUCCUUUGAGUUUGCACACCAAAAGUCACCGAUCGUCUCGUGGAACUUCAACUACGACGAGCUGUACCCACUGCAGAGCAAAAACGUAGCAGCCAUUCCAAUGGCAUCACAGGAACCGAUCGUAGUGAAGGAGCUAGUUCGAUGUCUGGUCGCUCUGAAGGGAUCACUGAUUAUGCCCCAAAAGCCACACUCCGCCACGAGUCCGGUAGAGUUUCAACUUUCGCCUCAACUGACCGAUUCUUGCCGCGAUAUGGUCAAAGAGAUAUUGCCCUUUGCCGCCAACUUCUCCUGCGUGCAGCAGUUUAUCGAGGAAUCAAGCAUACUCGAAGGAGGCCUGGUGCUACAGGCACUCCGGUCCGUGCUGAAAACGCUCAUGACCGACUACUAUCUCUCGAUUGCCCAGCUCGAUGAUUCACGCUUUCAACGGCAGGGCGAACUUACGAUGCAGCGAUUGCUCCAGUUCCUUAAACCCCUGUUCCCCACGAUGGAAGAACUAGCGGCCACCGUAUCCGAAAUACGGGCUACUAAUUGUCGCGGUGGACAGGUGUUAACGUUGCUGUACGAUCGCAUCACGGCCACCAGUGGUACGAUCGAAGCGCAACGUGUCCUCGAGCGACUGAUUGAAGCGGCCGCUGUCCCAUUUAUGGAGAUGCUGCAACUGUGGAUCCACCGUGGAGUGAUCAAUGAUCCGCAGAAAGAGUUCCUCAUCGAGCACAGUGCGAUGGAGCUGAGCGAGAAUGAGCUGGUGGACUACUGGGAGAAACAGUACACGAUCCGGCAGGAGAAGGUGCCCUGUUUCCUCACCAAGUACGCCGACAUCAUCCUGCGCACUGGCAAGUACCUGAACGUGGUUCGCGUUUGUGGCAGUGCGGAACUGCAGCCAACCAUUUCGCCCAUCAGCAAACCGUUCGGCUACCGGCACGCCGAUCAGUCGUACAUCGAUGCGAUCGAGGAAGCGUACAACUUUGCCUCCUCCUCCCUGCUGAAUCUCAUCAUGGACAAGUACGAUCUAAUGGGCCGGUUGCUGUCGGUUAAGCGUUACUUCUUGCUACAACAGGGUGACUUCAUUACCGAGUUCAUGGACGCUGUCGAGGAGGAUCUGCGCAAGGAUGUGGACAGUUUACAUCCGAUACGGAUAGCGAAUUUGCUCGACGUGACGCUCGGUCUAUCGUCGGCCAAACAUGAUCAGUAUCACGACGAGCUGAAGACGACACUCCUCGCGUAUGGGAUCGUCACGCAAAUCUCGAAAAUCAUGGAUAAUGAGGACGCGUUCGGGGAUCCGCUGGGCGAUACCUCGCAGCUGAAGGGCAUCGAGUGUUUUGCCUUCUCCUACAAAGCGCAGUGGCCCGUCUCGAUCGUGCUGAACCUCUGGACGAUCUCCAAGUAUCAGAUGAUCUUUCGCCAGCUGUUCUACCUGAAGUACGUCGAGCGGAUGCUGUGUCGCGUGUGGAUCGACAACAACAAGACACGCCAGCUGUUUGCACCCAGCACAGCGAAACUGUACCGAUCCGCGUUCACCCUGCGCCAAAAGAUGCUGAUCGCCAUCCAGAGCUUCGAGUCGUACAUGAUGAUCGAGGUGAUUGAACCGAACUGGCACAUAUUUUAUCACAACAUGAAACAGGUUAAAAAUAUCGAUGAUGUGCUAAAGUAUCAUCAAGAUUUUCUGGAUCAAUGCCUGAAGAACUGUAUGCUCACAACGCCCGAGCUGCUGAAACCGAUCAUCAAUCUAUGCAAUAUUUGUAUUAAAUUUUGCGACUUUCUCGCGGAAUCGCAACGCCAUUUCGUUGACGCCGAGCUGACCUGCAUGCUUGCGUCGGGUGAUGAUUACUCGCUGUCUUCCGAGUCCGAUUACGAACAAUACGCAUCGCAGGAAGCCACCACGAUGGAACCAACGGAAACGUUCUCCGGGCGGGUCGAACAGUUUCGGCACGAUUUCACCAACCAGCUGAUGACGUUGCUAAGGAAAAUCAACGAAACGGCCACAUCCAGCACAUCGGAAAGGUUUAUCAAUCUGAUACACAGAAUCAACUUUAACUCGUACUACAGCGAAGGGAACGAUAAAUGAGCAGGCUUUGCAGUGUGCUUUGAAUGCCGUUCCAUAUACGAUCGCUCUCGAUGGCCAAACUUAUUCGCGCGCUAGCUUUUACAGCACCCACCCAGACUCGUCCUCCUGUACCUUCUCAGUCCCAGUGUAUCUCGCUCCCCAUUUCUCUCUAGUGAAAUUUUGUUCACAGCUAUCAUGUGCCUGGGCAUCCCUCGUGUGCUUAGUCAAAGAAGCAGAAUAAGAAAAAGACCAAUGGUCUAUAUUUUCUCCA